GUGCGGCGAAAUGCGAGAACAGGCGCGAGCCCGCCUGAUAGAGUGGGAGGAGCGAGCGAGGCUCGACGCUGGCGCGGUUCGAGGAUUUUUAUCGCUACGAUAAAGAACCACCAGCACUCGAAGCGAGCGGACUUGUGUCAGGAGAAAGUUUCGUGUGAAACCGGUUGAAACCUGACGAUUCGAACUGAGAGAAGAAGACGUUGACGGGAACCAGAGGAGUCAAUCAAAGCUUCCAAACACGAUUGUUGCAGCUUUCGGCACGUGUCAUUUAUCAAUUUUCGAGGGACAACGUCGUUCGCAGCGCGCGUCGUCUGGCGGCGCCUUUCCGGGGGCGGGCAUUUCGUGGAACCGCUUCAGUUUGCUGAAUUCUACGUCGCUUCAUCUUUCCCUUUAAUCGCAGUGCAACGUCCAACCUUACUCAUCGAAUUGACUGGAGGGUCUCGUCGAAGAAGCAGUUUAUCCUGUAUGCUUGAUGUGGUGUGCAAUAAGAAAGCCAUUAUAGACUGAACGAGUUUUGUGCGAAAAUAGCGAGUUGAAAGUUGAAUCUGAGAAAUGGCUUUCAACGCAGGGAUUAAGCCGGUAGAGGCUUGUCCUCGCAAAUUGGCGAAGAUUCCGCCAGAGGAGGAGAUCGUUAUCAGUGGUAUUGCUGGUCGCUUUCCGGAGUCGAAUAAUGUCAACGAGUUGCACGAGAAUCUGAUAAACAAGAAGGACCUGGUUACUAGUGAUGAUCGUCGUUGGAAAAUAGAUCACCCGGAAAUUCCUCAGCGCGUAGGGAAAAUAAACAAUAUCGAAAAGUUCGACGCUCUAUUCUUUGGCGUGCACUUUAAACAAGCUCACACGAUGGAUCCGAUGUGUCGGAUACUGCUGGAACAUGCCUACGAAGCCAUCAUCGAUGCUGGCAUGAAUCCGAAAAUGCUGCGCAACACAAGAACCGGCGUCUUCAUUGGCGCUUGUUUUUCCGAAUCCGAAAAAACUUGGUUUUACGAGAAAUUUCAGGUCAACGGAUUUGGUAUCACUGGAUGCGCGCGUGCUAUGCUCUCCAAUCGUAUUUCCUACUGGUUAGGUUUGACCGGACCGAGUUAUACCGUCGACACAGCUUGCAGUUCUAGUCUCUAUGCAAUGGAACACGCAUACAGAGCGAUAAGGGAAGGUCAUUGCGACGCGGCUAUAGUUGGAGGAGCUAAUCUUUGUCUGCACCCCUUUGUUUCAAUGCAGUUCUUCAAAUUAGGCGUCCUCUCUACCGACGGCCGCUGCAAGACGUUCGACGAGACUGCCAACGGCUACGUGAGAUCCGAGGCCGUAUCCGUGGUCUUUCUGCAAAAGGCCAAAGACGCGAAACGCGUGUACGCGACAUUCGUCCACGGCAAGACCAACUGCGACGGCUUCAAGGAGCAAGGCAUUACCUUCCCCUCGUCCCACAUGCAAAGCAUUCUACUGGACGAGUUCUACCAGGAAUGCGGCGUUCCGCGCUCCAAAGUUAGUUAUGUCGAAGCACAUGGAACCGGGACAAGAGUCGGUGAUCCCGAGGAAAUCAAGGCCAUAGACAAGGUCUUGGGCAAGGAUAGGACCAAGAAGAAUCCGCUGCUCGUCGGAUCCGUCAAGACGAAUUUGGGACACAGCGAACCUGCCUCGGGAUUGGUUUCCAUUACCAAAGUUCUUCUGGCUAUGGAAAACGGUGUCAUUCCACCCCAAAUCAACUAUACGCGAGCUCGUGAAGAGAUAAAUGAUAUUUUGGAUGAAAGAAUCAAAAUCGUGACAGAACCCACUCCGUGGAAAGGUGGAUACGCUGGAGUGAAUUCCUUUGGAUUCGGUGGUGCCAACUGUCAUAUUCUGCUGAAAUCCAACCCCAAGGAAAAGGUCAACAAUGGUGCGCCUCAGGACGACCUGCCGAGAUUGGUCCUUGUGUCCGGGCGAUCAGAUGAAGCUGUGGAUCAUGUAUUGAAAGAUCUUGAAAGCAGACAAGCUGACGUGGAGUACAUAAGAUUACUGCACGACAUUCAUUCGGACGACAUAAAUGCCCACCUUAGCAGAGGUUACACAAUUCUGCCACCGCGUGGAGUCGCUGAGACUCCUAUGAGAGAAAUCAAACCUGCCUCGGGUGCCAGGAGGCCAGUAUGGUUCGUCUUCGCAGGGAUGGGAUCUCAAUGGGCUGGAAUGGGAGAAGCCUUGCUGCGUAUACCAACCUUCGCUGCAUCCAUAAAGAAAUGCGACGCCGUCCUGAAACCUCAUGGUAUCGAUAUUCACCACGUGAUAACAAACAGGGAAAAAACAGCCUUUGACAAUAUAUUGAACUCGUUCGUUGGAAUCGGCGCUAUUCAAAUCGCUCUCGUCGACGUUUUGAAAUCGGUAGGCAUCGAGCCCGACAACAUAAUCGGCCACUCAGUGGGAGAACUGGGUUGCGCCUACGCCGACGGGUGCUUCACUGCUGAGCAGAUGAUUCUGGCAGCUUACUCACGAGGUAUGGCAUCCAUUGAAGCUAAGGUCGUCCACGGAUCCAUGGCUGCUGUCGGUCUCGGCUACAAGGAUGUGAAAAAUCUAUGCCCGCCGGACAUCGAAGUCGCCUGCCACAACUCCGCCGAAAGCUCGACCAUCAGUGGACCCGCAGAGUCCAUGAAGGCCUUCGUUGCUCAGUUGCAGGCCAAGAAUAUUUUCGCGCGUGAGGUGCCCUGCAGCAACAUUCCGUAUCACAGCCGCUACAUCGCUCCAGCCGGAGCGAAAUUACUCGAGUCUUUGAAGAAAAUAGUUCCUGAUCCAAAACCGCGCAGUGCGAAGUGGCUAAGUACCUCAGUACCGAUCGACAAGUGGGGCACACCGGAAGCUAACUAUUCUUCUGCCGAGUACCACACGAACAACCUUCUCAACGCAGUACUGUUUGAGGAAACAUCGGCUCUCAUCCCGAAGGAUGCCAUCUGCAUUGAAAUCGCACCUCAUAGUCUACUCCAGGCUAUUCUUCGACGAUCACUGCCUCCUUCUGUGGCGAACAUUCCUCUGACCCAGCGUGGUCACAGAGAUAACGUCGAGGUACUUCUGCAGGCCUUUGGAAAGAUGUUCAAUGUGGGUUUGCAGCCGCAAUUAGCUAAUUUGUAUCCACCCGUGGAGUACCCGGUAAGUCGCUCUACACGAAUAAUUUCACCGCUUAUCAAGUGGCAACACUCGGAAGACUGGUACGUCACUUCAUUCAAGUCGCAUCAAAAAAUCACGUCCGGCGAAAGAAUAGUCAAGGUUUCGCUGUCGGACACCGAAUACGAAUUCUUGGCUGGUCACGUGGUCGACGGGCGGAACCUAUACCCUGCCACUGGUUAUCUUCAGCUUAUUUGGGAGACCCUCGGUAUGAUGCAUGGCGAAUUCUUCGCAGAGCUUUCCGUCGUUUUUGAAAAUGUCAAAUUCAUAAGGGCAACGAAUAUCCCGAAAGAUAAGGAAAUCGAGUUGACGGUGAUGAUUCAGAAAGGAACUGGAAGGUUCGAGAUAGUGGAGGGCGGCGCAGCAGUGGUCACUGGACACGUUCGCGUAACUAAAAAUCCUGCUGCUGAGAAGAUAAAGGUACGCAUACCUGUGAGCCGUGAAGAGGAAAUACUAUCGAUGCGGGACGUCUACAAGGAGAUGAAGCUUCGAGGUUACCAACAUCAUGGUCUCUUCCGCGGCAUAGUGAGCGCAACGCGUGAUGGAUCGAAAGGUCAGAUAUCUUGGCAGAGCAACUGGGUUGCCUUCAUGGACAAUAUGCUGCAGAUACAGAUCUUAGGUAUGGACACUCGAGGAUUGUUCGUUCCUACAUCCAUCAAGAAGAUGACGAUCGACACUGGUGAACAUCUCAGUCAUUUAGAGUUUGGUACGAUGGAUAAAGAAUUUCCGGUUUACUACAGCAAACUUCAUGAAGUCAUCGUAUCCGGUGGCAUAGAAAUUCGAGGCCUUAAAGCCAGUGCGAUCGCUCGCAAAAAACCCGCCGGUGAUCCUGUCCUCGAAGAGUACAAGUUCGUUCCAUUCGUCGACAGGGCCGAAGUGAGUCUUCGUGAGAUCUCUAGACUUUCCACUCAUAUAGGCUUCGAGAACCACCAGGGUAUUAAGGUCAAAACCAUCGAAUUCAUAGACGAGACCGACCAAGUUCCAACGGACAAGCUCCUUUCUCCCUGGUUCUCUGAGUCUCUCGGUGACUUGCCUUUGAUCCAAGCUGACAUAGGUAUCGUUAGGGCAAAACACAAAACGAAAGACGACACUUUACCAGCAAACGUACAAUUGGUCGAUCCGAAGAAGCUCACUGCUGACGGCACAUCACUUCUGGCGGUUGGUCAUCGAUUGUUGUCAAACGAUCGUGCGGAAAAUUUGAGAUUGCUGCUAGCGGAAGUGAAACAGGGCGGAUUUGUCUUGUCUCGCGAAAAUGUCGAUGGUACAAAGAACGUGGAACAAGCUGCGCAAGCUAAGGGACUGCGUGUCAUUCUAGAGAAGAAAUCUGGAAAAGAGCUGUUUGUACUUUUGAGAAAACAAGUAAAACCGAGGGAAAGAGAUGUGGUCAUUAAAGUUGACAAUGAUAAAUUCGACUGGGUUGACAAAAUGCGAGAAACGAUGUCGGCAGAAUUGGAAAAAGAAACCGCCACUAAUACAAAGAUUAUUUUUGUUGGACAAGGAGACUUUGAAAAUGGUUUGAUGGGUCUGAUCAACUGCCUGAAACAGGAGCCUGGCGGUGAAAUCGUUCGUGGUAUCCUCAUCCAAGAUCCCAAAGCUCCAGAAUUUUCUGUACGAAAUUCUCUGUACGCCAAGCAGCUGGAAAAGGAUUUGGCGGUAUGCGUUUUGCGCGAAAACGGCGUCUGGGGCUCAUACAGGCACUUACCUCUGCCACCGCUAGAAGCCAAACCAACGCAACACAUCUGGCUGAAUCAAACAGUACGCGGAGACCUGAGCUCGCUGAAAUGGUUCGAAGGACCGAUUCGCCCAGAAGAUAAAAACAAGGAUUUAGUUCACAUAUUUUACAGCGCCAUCAAUUUCAAAGACGUCAUGCUGGCCACUGGUAAACUCGCUGCCGAGUUAGCUGCUAAAACCAGGCAAACUCAGGAGUGCAUCUUAGGUUUCGAGUACUCUGGUAUCGAUGCAGGUGGUAAACGAAUAAUGGGCCUACUUCCAUCUCGUUGUAUGGCCAACCUGGUACUUGCCGAUAGAUAUCUCUCCUGGCAAAUUCCUGACAAAUGGAGUCUCGAGGAAGCGGCUACCGUGCCAGCCAUUUACGGAACCUGCUUAUAUGCUUUGUACACAAAAGGUGGAAUGAAGAAAGGUGACACGAUCCUAAUCCACGCUGGAACUGGUGGCAUAGGUCAAGCAGCCAUUUACCUAGCCCUCCAUGAGGGUUGCGAAAUCUUCACAACGGUGGGAACACCUGAAAAACGUCAGUUUAUAAGCAAACACUUUCCCCAAAUCCCUGAGGAUCACAUCGGCAACUCUCGUGAUACUAGUUUCGAACAGAUGGUAAUGGACAAGACGAAGGGACGAGGCGUCGACAUUAUCCUCAACAGUCUCGCCGAGGAGAAACUUCUGGCUUCUGUAGCUUGCUUAGCUUGGGGAGGCCGAUUCCUCGAGAUCGGCAAGUUCGAUCUUUCAGCCGAUAAUCCCCUAGGUAUGGAAUGCUUCCUAAAAGAGGUCAGCUUUCAGGGCGUGAUGUUGGAUCGGGUGUUCGAUGCACCGGAUGAAGAUAAAGUUUUUUUGACAGACCUUAUGAAUGAGAAGUUGAAGAAAGGAGCAAUAAAGCCGCUUGUAAGGACUGUCUUCCCGAAAGAAGAGGCGGAAGAAGCCUUCCGAUACAUGGCUGCAGGAAAACACAUUGGUAAGGUGCUCAUAAAAAUUCGCGACGAGAAGGAAACUAUUGAUAAACUCAGUCCGGCUAUACCACGGUUCUACUGCCCGCCAAACCGCAGCUACGUUAUUCUAGGAGGUCUUGGAGGUUUCGGACUAGAAUUAGCCGAUUGGUUGGUCUUACGGGGUGCUAAGUACUUAGUCAUGACCUCCCGUGUGGGAAUUCGCAACGGCUACCAGAAAUUGCGUAUAGAUUUGUGGAAGAGUUAUGGUGUAAACGUGGUCGUGAUCGCCGGCAAGGAAGCGUCUAAUCGCAAGGACUGUCAGGCUAUACUAGAAACAGCCGCGAAAAUCGCUCCAGUAGACGGAGUAUUUAAUUUGGCUGUGGUGCUUAAGGAUGCACUAUGGGAUAACCAGACACCUGAGUCAUUCGAGGAGUCCUUUAGAUCCAAGGCCUGGGCUACAAAGCAUCUUGACGUCUUGACGAGGAAAGUGUGUCCGGUAUUGAGGCACUUCGUGGUCUUUUCCUCAGUUUCUUGCGGCAGAGGAAACGCUGGUCAAUCAAAUUAUGGAAUGUCAAACUCUGUAAUGGAGAGAAUUUGUGAAAGACGAGCAAACGAAGGCCUACCAGGUUUGGCAGUACAGUGGGGUGCUGUUGGGGACGUAGGUCUGGUUGCAGACAUGCAAGAGGACAACAAAGAGCUCGUCAUAGGUGGUACCUUGCAGCAGAGGAUAACAUCGUGUCUUCAGGAACUCGAGGGAUUUUUACAGCAGAAACGACCCGUUGUAUCCAGUAUGGUGGUUGCCGAAAAGAAGACAGGUGGGGAAGGUGCCCUAAGCCUCGUUGAUACCGUUCUCAAUAUUAUGGGUCUCAAAGACCUGAAAGGUGUAAGUUUAAACACUUCACUAGCUGAACUCGGUAUGGACUCGAUGAUGUCCGUGGAAAUCAAGCAGACACUCGAGCGCGAGUUCGAAAUCUUUCUCGCAGCACAAGACAUCCGUGGCCUCAAUUUUACAAAGCUCCAGGAGAUGUCAGAGGUCGAAGAAAAAGCCGCCGAAACAGUUGCUGACAAAAUUGUCACUGAAAACGGCGAUAGUGACAUACUUACUGGUAUGAGGCUGGUUCUGAAAGUCAUCGGUAACAACAUCAAUCAAAAUUCCGAGCCGUGUUUGAAGCUAUGCACUAGAGAGGAACAGGGACGAAUCGAAAGCUUCUUAAUUCCUGGUGUAGAGAGCGUAGGUCAAGUAUUUAUUCCAUUGGCGCCCAAACUCAGGUCGCCAACAAACUGUCUUCAGUUAGGUGUCAGCGAUCACAGGCACAAGACAGCGUUUGAGAUGGCGGAUUACUUCCUACCGUACGUACUUGAAAAGAGCAAAGACUCGAAAUUCUUGAUAACGGGCUAUUCCUUUGGAUCACUGAUUGCGAUAGAACUUGUAAGAAAAUUAGAAGCUAAAGGACUCACAGGCCAACUUAUUCUUAUUGACGGUGCCCCAUAUCAAUUGAAAGCCAUCCAAGUUCAUCAGAUGAAAGGCACGACCAAAGCGGAUUUAGAAAACCUGGCUUUAUCCGAAAUUAUGCAUGUGACAUCACCUACUGCCUCAUCACAGCUUACCGUGGGGUUGGAAAAAUGCUCAACCUGGGAAGAUAAAUUACAGCUUUUUACGAAGCUCUGUCCCCCAGAACAAUUAGACGUGACUGAACAGUUCCAAAAAGAUUUUUGUACAGCCAUUUAUGUGAGAGUGGCAGCUAUUAUUGAAUAUGACGUAUCAAAACUAGCACCUAUCAAGUCUCCCAUCACUCUACUGAAGCCAACAGCUCCGACUAUUCGAUUAGAUUUAGAAGAUUAUGGCCUUUCAAAAAUAACAAGCGGCAAAGUCAGCAUACAUUACAUACCAGGAAACCACGUCACAAUGCUCGAUAACGACAAUGUUGCGUAUGUCAUCAAUGGAGAGCCUAUAGAAGAUCCGCGAUCAUUCAAAGCAGAAUUAGGCAAAUAAUUAUUGAUCAAAAUACAUGAAAACUUCAUCUAAUAUGUAAUAAAUCAUCAUUUAGUAUUUAUUUACAUCGAUGACUGAGAACAUAUUAUAAACUCAUUUCAUUCUAAAAAAUGGAUCGUCUCCGUGAUGCGCAUAGAUUAGUUAAAAAAUGAUACGGUUUAAAAGAGCAAACUUACAAUAUUAAAAAGUAGGUAACUAGUAAUAUUUGUCUGAACUCUCUUAGAACAUAGUAAUAAAGAAGUUCGACAUUGUUAAUUA